AUGGUAAUUUCAAGGACGAGUGAAAACUCACCGAUAGCAUUCGCAGACGAGGAGCAUGCGAGUGAUGCAACGGAUAGGCGCGAAGAUGCAAUGGAUAUCACCAUUUCGUCGAGGUUAUUGUGCAUCUAA